UUUUGUGGAUGAAAGUGACUUUACAACUUAAAAAAAAAAAGUAAAACCCCGUUAAACCCCAAUCAUUUAACAUGCAACAAUAUCAUUCAUUACUUUUUCCACUCAAACUCUCAUAAAAGCACACACCACUCAGCACAAAAUACAUAUAUUGCAGAAAAUUGCGAUCAAAUGCAGCCAAUACAAUACAGCCUUAAUCACGGUCGCAUUGCAGUCUCGGAUACAUAAAACCCUCCGUGGUUGCGGGAAGGAGGAGCCAUUCCUAGUGCCAUGAAGAGAACAAGUGAAUGGAAUUACUCCCAGGAGAUUCCAAGUGAUGUCGCUAUUCAAAUUGGCGAAGCUUCCUAUUCGUUACACAAGUUUCCAUUAAUUUCAAAAAGUGGAUACAUAAGGAAGCUCAUUUCAGAAUCUAGUGAUGCUGUUGAUGAUGUUCCAUUAAUUGAACUCAUCGAUGUCCCUGGUGGAUCAGAAGCAUUUGAACUAGCAGCAAAGUUCUGUUACGGGAUAAACUUCGAAAUAAGCGUCGAAAACAUCGCUAUGCUUCGAUGUGUAGCCGAGUAUCUUGAAAUGACAGAAGAUUAUUCGGUCGGAAAUUUGGUAGGAAGAACUGAUUCUUACUUGAAUGAAGUUGCACUCAAGAGCAUGUCAGGGGCAAUAUCCAUCUUACAUACAUCAGAAACACUUCUUCCAAUUGCAGAGAAAGCAAAAUUAGUUAGCAGAUGCAUAGAUGCAAUAGCCUUCAUAGCUUCCAAGGAGAGUCAGUUUGGUUCAUCUGGUAGAAGUGAUGGUAGUAGCAAUGAAAGAGUGAUGAAUUCUUCCGCUGCUUCUCACCAAAGGCCAGCUGUUGAUUGGUGGGCUGAAGAUCUAACAGUUCUUAAAAUUGACUUUUUCCAAAGAGUUCUAAUUGCAAUGAUGGCUAGAGGGUUUAAAAAUUGUGGUAUUGGUCCUAUUAUAAUGCUUUAUUCACAGAAAUCUCUGAGAGGUUUGGAGAUAUUUGGAAAGGGAAGGAAGGAUAUAGAAGCACAUGAAGAGCAUGAGAAGAGACUUAUUUUAGAGAUACUAGUGAGCCUUAUGCCAAGGGAGAAGAAUGCAAUAUCUGUCAGCUUUCUUUCACUAUGGCUUAAGGCAGCAAUAUAUCUUGAGACAACUGUUGCUUGCAGGUUUGAUUUGGAGAGAAGGAUAGCCAUGCAAUUAGGACAGGCUGUUUUGGAUGAUCUUCUUUUUCCUUCAUUUAGCGGCGACACAUCGUUUGAUGUAGAAACAGUGCAAAGAAUCAUGAUGAAUUACCUUGAAUCUGAAGUUGAAAAUCAUUACAAUGCAGAUGAUGAAUAUUAUUCUUCUCCCCAAAGGGAUAUUUUUCGGGUUGGAAAGUUAUUGGAGAGUUACCUUGCUGAAAUAGCUACUGAUAGAAAUUUAUCAGUUCCAAAGUUUAUCUGUCUUGCUGAAUUAAUGCCUGAAAAAUCAAGAACAACAGAAGAUGGAAUGUAUAGAGCCAUAGACAUCUAUCUUAAGGCACAUCCAUUUGUAAGCGACACAGACAGAAAGAAAGUUUGCAGCAUGAUGGAUUUCCAGAAGCUAUCGCGAGAGGCGCGAACACAUGCUGCACAAAACAACAGGCUUCCUGCCCAAAAUGUGGCUCAAAUUCUCUAUUAUGAACAGCAACGUCUUCGCGACAACAUGGAUGGCACUGGCAGCGUAGGUUCAGAUUCGCCUUCAACGCCUGACAAGAGGAAUGUAUACUCAUCUGAGCUUUAUCCGGCUACUAAUGAGGUUUCCAAAUUAAGAAGAGAAAAUGAAGAACUGAAAUUAGAGAUAGUGAAACUUAAAAUAAAAAUAAAAGAGAUGGAAAAAAGUACAGUACUUGAAUCACCUAUUAAUAGUCCUUUGUUAAACGUUUCUUCACCUUCAGCUGAUAAGCCUCCUUUGCCUAGAAAAUCAUUCCUAAACUCAGUUUCCAGAAAACUUGGCCGUCUUUCUCCUUUUCAACGUGCUCAUCCUGUCAUACGUCCCAAAGAUCGCAUACAACUAGACAAGAUUCGACGCUACUCCAUAUCCUGAUUUUGUGCAAGAUGUUUUUAUCUUUUUUGGAAUUACAAGUGAUAGUAUGUUAGUAUUAUUAUGUUGUGCGUGUUAUUAUGCAUGGGAAACGAUAGUAUGUUAUUAUGUUGUUAGUAUCUUUUUUGGAAUUACAAACGAUAGUAUGUUAGUAUUACAAGAAGUGUGAACUAGUGACUAGUAAUAUUUUUCUAAAGCUAUUGGUAUUUUUCUGUAGGGUGUGCCUUUGGUUUCUCCUUGUAUUACAUAUACUUUUGAAUGAAAAAUAAAAACACUACAUAUACUUCAGAAA